UCACGUCCUGAGGUACUACAGGCUACAACAAUACCUGCACGGUGAUUGGGCUACAAGUUGGACGUCAUGCACGCUUGGCUUCCUAUUGGUCUAAAUCCACGCCAAUCAAAACGACACAUCCAAUCCAAGCUGCGUGUUGUGAGCUUUUUGGCUGGUUUACGUUAAUGGACGAAACGAGUAACUGAUAUGACCUCGAGUCAUGAAGCUAUGUUUAACUUCGAAUUUUCUGUUUGAUUUAGAAAUGCGGUGGAGGAUUUUCUGAAAAGCUAACUUUAUCCUGAGAAGACACUGAGAAGUGACAGGCCGUGAUGCAGCACGCAGGCUUUUCCGUGCUUCGUAUAUUUAAAGACGGAGCCAUGUAUUAUUCAAGUAAAAGGCGGGGUGAAGACGGAAUCGCCGCCAUCAUCGACUUCCUGCUGUCCAACGCCCGAUUGGUGCUUGGUGUGGGCGGAGUCGCCGUCCUGGGCAUUGCUACGUUAGCUGUGAAAAAGCUGAUAGAACGCGCUGGCCGGCCUCCCGACGACCAAAAUCCUGAUAAAAAGAUGACAGACAGCUGGGAGGAGCUUAGCCUGGUCAGUUCCUCCCCCAAACUGCUUCAAAAGGGCAUCGAGGGUGUGGCCAUGAAACCGAUUACUGCAGUUACCAAGAAAGCGGACCUGUCUCAAUCCGCACCCCAAAUCCAAUCCCAGACUCAGAGGAACGGAUCAGACCCGGCUCAGACAGGCAGACGGCUGGAUCUCUGCGUGUUAACCUUCUCGGAAAGACUGGAGCAGUAUUACCAGACACGUGUGUGCCUGUCCCCGAGCGAAGUGUCCCGAGCUCAGCAGAGAGCGCUGGAAAGCGCUACAGAGAUUCAGGCCUUCCUGCGCUCCAAACACCCGGACAUGCCCCUGGGAGAGAUGACCCUCGCGGGGUCGCUGCUCGACGACCUGCAGGUGGUCAAGGCCGAUCACGCCUGCCUGCUCGUACCACUACAGCUGGAGCCCAGUCUGUGGACUCCGAUCGCCGGAGAGGACACGUUCCUCGGACAUCCUCAGUACUGCAUGUUACGUCGCGAAAAUCUAGAGUAUUUCCCGCGUGGGCGGAGCUACUGGGACAGGCACCUCCUCGGCGGGUACCUGUCGUCUCAGCUCGUUGGCGAGCAACUACGCAAAUCGAUCACAGAGUCCAUGAACUGGCCAUCGCUGAGCAGAACCCUGGAGUGCGAGGUGCGGCCGGUGCUCGGGUCUCCCGCGCUGAAGCUGGAAAUCCGAGCUCGGAGCGAAAGCAGAAAUUUCGACGAAGAGCAGCUGUUUGUUAGCGUUCUACCGAUGGUGCGCUUAGGGGACACGGCGCUAACGGCGCAGCCGGAAAUCACCGGACCGUUCGACUACGUGUGGUACCAGAGCCUCUACACCAGCGAAACGGCUCGACUGGCCAGCCUCGACCAAUCAGACGAGGACUCGGGUGUCAGGAAGAAGUGUCUGAAAACACUAAAGGCUGUGUGUCGGAACUGCCCCGCCCUCCGCAAGCUGACCGGCGCGCAGCUCAGCAGCGUCAUCCUGCACAUGAGUGAGAAGGAGUCUGAUUGGUCGGAGUCGGCGUUCGCUGAUCGGUUCCAGCAGGCCAUCACGGAGCUGAUUGGCUACCUGGAGGCGGGCUUCCUGCCCAGCUACUUUAAACCUGCUGUGAAUCUGCUGCAGGGCUUCACCGUGGACGACAUCGAUGAGAUGGGCUUCAUGCUCUACUGCGCUGUGUGCGAGCCCGAGAUACUGCUCAUAUAACCGGUCACACACACAUCUCAUAUCUCUCUCUCUCUCUCUCUCUCUCUCUCUCUCUCUCUCUCUCUCUCUCUCUCUCUCUCUCUCUCUCUCUAGGAUGUACCUCUUUCUUAUAGGUUAAAUGUGCAGUUUGACGUUUUUAUUUAUUACUACACAGAAAAACUAAAGGCGGUCCCGACGAGUGAGAUGUGCGCGAGCUCUAUCCCACACACACUCCGCGUGUUGGAGCAAUACAGGGUUUAAUAAACAGUUAGUUAUGCAGGGAAUCCAGGUUUUAUUCGUUAAUAAUCUAAUACCGAGACGCGCUCUGAUUGGAACUCGGAUCAUAAACGUGGCACUUUAAUGAACGACGAACCAGAACUGUUUGUGUGUUUGUUUUAUCGGGCGUGUGAAAGUGCGUGUGUUUGAUGCAGUCUUCUCCCCGACACGAAUAAAGCUCGUCCUGAAUCAGGGUCUGGAAAAUCCCUUUGAAUCAAGUCUCUCUGUUACGCAAAUAAAAAGUUAUUUUGAA